AUUUCUCUCCUUCACAUAGGACACUAUGUCUCCUAAAAUUGUACUGAUAACAGGUUGUUCAUCUGGCAUUGGGCUGGCUUUGGCUGCUAAACUAGCAAAAGAUAAGCAGAGGAGGUUCAAAGGAAAGAAUCCGCUCCCAAAGUUGGCCAGCCAAGUUGAAAGGAAUAUAUGACCAAGCAUCACCUAUCUUCUAGUGAUUGCCACAAUGAGGAACAUUACCAAGAAAGAAAAUCUGGAAGCAGCCAUAGGGCCAGCACUCAACCAGACUCUAGAGAUCAAACAGCUGGAUGUCUGUGAUGAGAAAUCCAUCCACAACUGCAUUAACACCAUUCCUCAGAGACAUAUUGAUAUCCUCAUCAACAAUGCUGGGCUGGGCUCCAUUGGUCCUAUUGAGUGUCAAUCAAUUGAAGAGAUGAAGGCUAUAAUGGAAACCAACUUCUUUGGUGUAGUAAGGAUGAUUAAAGAGGUCUUGCCAGACAUGAAGAAAAGGAGGAGUGGGCAUAUUGUGGUAAUCAGUAGUGUCCUGGGUUUGCAAGGCAUCAUUUUCAAUGACAUCUAUGCUGCAUCCAAAUUUGCCAUUGAAGGCUUCUGCGAAAGCCUUAUUAUCCAAGCACUCAGAUUUAAUAUAUUUGUCAGCUUGAUAGAGCCUGGUCCAGUGGUGACUGAGUUUGAGAUGAAAAUCUAUGAAGAUGCAGAGAAAACCGACUAUUCCCAGACAGAUCCCGAAACUGCUGAGAUAUUUUCUCAGAUUUAUCUGAAAAAUUCCAAAGCUAUCUUCUCCAGCCUGAGUCAAACACCUGAAGAUAUAGCUGAGCAUGUCCUAAAGGUCAUUUGUAUGGAGAGGCCACCCUUCCGUCAUCAGACUAAUGCCAUGUAUACCCCCAUGAUGGCUCUCAAGCAAGCUGAUCCCACUGGGGCCUUGAUGACUGACUCGUUCUAUACAUUGAUCUUCAGAUACAACAACCUUUUGCGCAUUAGCCUAAGGGCCAUCCAGCUCCUCCGCUGGCAAGCACGCAAAGUGAAACAAGGUGUCCAAUUGCUGGGCUUCAGAUAAAGUCCUUUGUGAUGGUAGCCCAAACCGCAUAGUCAGCAAGACGGUUAGAGUUAGUUGCCUGGAAACUCUUCAAGCAAUUGCUUAAUGUAUUAGCUUUAGACUAUUGAACGUAUACUUUAUGUUUGUUAAACUCUCUUAACUCCCAAUUCUUGUUUUAUGUGCACUGUGGCAUUAUUAAUUGCAAUGUGUAUAUAAUUAUUUGCAAAAAAAAAAAAAAAACAGAGCAAAAGGAUAAAACAAAGAAGCAUCAAUAAGAAUCCCCCAACAGGAAAGCAAUUUACGAACACAGGAAGCAUAGCUGGAAAAAAAUUCACAACUGGGAAUUUGCCAAACUGAUAAAUUCACAUAAAGAUGUCAUACACACAAACAAUCUUAAGGAGAAGGGGGGAGGGAAAGCAUCCAUUUUCAGUAUUUCUGAAAAGAAUGACAUAUUAGGAGAACAAUUAUUAAUAUAACUUGCAAAUGGUAAAUAAAUUUAAUUAAAUCUUCCUGCUUUUAAAAUAAUUUUGCAGUUUUUCUAUAGUAGUAAUUUUACAGAAAUACAGUCUACAUUUUAAAACACUAUUGAUAAAAUAAAAGAGAUAUUUUACUUUUCCAAUAUAUUGCAAUAGUCAACUGAAUGGAUAACCAUAAAAAUUGAAUCAAUUCAUGUUGUUGUACUGUAAAACAAUCUCAGAAUUCACUAUUAAAGACUUCAAGUAA